UCGGCGAUCACAGCGUAUAGUCGCGUCGUAGUGGUAGCAGCUGAGUCGCAACGUUUUGAGUGAGGGACGAGAUCGGGAUUUAUAAGGCGAAGUUUGCGUGGCCGGCGUCUGAACUCACAAUUGAAAUAAUGAACGACGCUGGAUGCCUACAUUUGAGUAAUUUUAAGGCUGCGAAAGGAUCGAGUCCUUACAAAAUAGUCCACGGAUUUUUCGUAGCAUCAACAUCGUACGAAGCAAGGAGAUACAAGGCGACAUCAUGCCUAUGCUUUUCCUGUGGGCAGCCCGGCCCGAGGCUGCACUCCUGCCUGCAUUGCAUAUAUUUUGCAUGCUACGGUGGCCACAUUCAAGAGCACUCCAAGAAUAAGAAACAUUUCCUAUAUGUUGACCUGAGUUAUGGUAAUGUGUUUUGUGCACAAUGCCAAGAUUACAUCUACGACAGAGAACUGACAGAAAUAUCCCAAUCUAAUCGGCUCCUUGAGGCUAAGUCAUUAGGAAUCAGCUUACCAUUUACACCAUGGUUGCCCAACAGCAAUGAAGUGUUAGCACUGAAAAGGCUGAGGAAACGACGGCUCAUCAGCCCACACACCACCAUUGGACUACGGGGGCUACAGAACCUUGGCUCAACUUGCUUCAUGAACUGCAUUGUUCAGGCAUUAAUUCACACGCCCCUGUUAAGGGACUAUUUCCUCGGCGAGAGGCACAAAUGCAAAACGCAAGGAUCGGGGAAAUGCCUCGUGUGCGAAGUUUCCAAGCUGUUCCAGGAGUUCUAUUCAGGUGCUAAAACACCUCUGACCCUGCACCGGCUGCUGCAUCUGAUCUGGACGCACGCGCGACACCUGGCCGGGUACGAGCAACAGGACGCGCACGAGUUCUUCAUCGCCACCUUGGAUGUACUGCAUCGGCAUUGCAUGAACGGCGUAGACGAAACAGAAAAGAACGAAAAAGAAAGAUGCAACUGCAUAAUAGACCAAAUCUUCACCGGAGGUCUACAGAGCGACGUCGUAUGCACCUCCUGUUCAGGAGUCUCCACCACCAUUGACCCGUUUUGGGACAUAAGCCUCGACGUCGCCGGCCCGGGAUCAUUACAGGCCUGUUUGGAAAGAUUCACGAGAGCGGAACAUUUGGGGUCUGCUGCCAAGAUCAAGUGCUCAAACUGCAGAGCUUAUAGAGAAUCCACGAAGCAAUUAACUCUCGAAACAUUGCCAAUAGUCGCCAGUUUCCAUCUCAAACGUUUCGAACAUUCCUCCCAAAUUGACAGGAAGAUAUCUGCUUUCGUAUCUUUCCCCGCCGAAUUGGAUAUGACCCCUUUCAUGUCCACUCACCGUAGAGCCGUGGAUGCGGCGGACAAUAACAACGAUCCAGAAGGACUGUUCGAAGACAAUCGGUAUUCGUUGUUCGCGGUUGUGAACCACUUGGGGUCUCUCGACGCUGGUCACUACACGGCGUACGUGCGGCAGAUGAAGGGCAGCUGGUUCAAGUGUGACGACCACAUGAUCACGAGGGCCUCGCUGAGGGACGUUCUGGACAGCGAAGGGUAUCUCCUCUUCUACCACAAAACAGUCUUGGAAUAUGAAUGUGACGUCUCCUAAACUGACGUCAGAGAAAAUUAUACGUUUAUUUGGUCUUCAUUUAACCUUAUCGUGAGUUUAUCACGUGGAAAGCCAUUAAAUCUGUCGCUUCUUAGAUUAUUUACACGAAUGUUUUAGUGCAAGAUUGCGUAUCUGUGAAGCUAUAGGCAAGCCGUAAUGAGUCCUCUCUCACGUGGUAUAAAUCUCCAAUUUUAAAGUCCGCUCUGAACACGAGGCAUAUGUGUAUAAAUACCAGCAGGGCUUUUCCGAGUAUACGUGCACAGUUGCGUGUUGCAACUUCAGAGCGGACUAGAAGUUUGACGCGGAGUAUACAAGGAUGCAUGUCUUAUUGGUUGAAUGGUUUUUAUUAUGGCUUUGGAUAACGAUUUCCUGAAUCGUGCUGUGAAAUAUUGAAAAUUAAAAUUGUUUGAUUCUUUUCUUUCUUACAAGAAAUUCUCAGGAUUAAAAUCUCAGUUCAGAGUUGUGGAAUUGGUUGUGCUAAAUGACUCUGAGAUACUCGUAAUAUUAAGUCUCCGCCAACAAACAUUGUAGCUGCGUGGUGGAUUUAAGUUCCAUAAAUCCUGCUUUAUGGGAGGUCUAGUCCUACAGUAUCUGAAGACACAGUGUUCUUUCCCCGCACGCACGAUUUCACACCCGCGCAGUCUUUCCCUCCGUUGCCCGCAUAUUAUGUCAUUAACUAACUUGCCAAGCUAUAGCUGCUAUUACUUCUAAUUGGCACACAUUUUAAUUGACAUGAUUUUAUUAUUACCUAUAAUAAUUUUUGUAAACUAAACAAAACGAGCGGCCCGCUGAAAUAGGCACACCACUGUGUGAACACACACACAUUGAAAUAAAUUUAUGUUGCACCUCAACACAUUAACACACUUUGUCUGUGUGUGUAUACGUAUAUACGUGAAGUCGUAAUGAAAAUUACAUCUCGCGUUAUUAAUACACUGGCACUACGUGAGAAUGUGAUUAGGUGCCAGCUAAAAAUAAUCGACGUAUUUUUCAUUAUUUAUUGUUUCAUAUGAUUCGAUUAUCUAAAUGUGUAUUAACUAAAGUUUUAAAUUGACUGAAACACCUCUCAAAGACAAAUUAGUUUUGUAACAAUCGCUUUAUUGAGCAGAACUUAAACAAACCGUGUAUUCGUAUAAUAUACACGAACUUAUAAUGAUUUUAAUGAAUUUAAAUUGGUAAAAAUUUUAAUUCUAUUUAUUAUAAAAAAAAAACUUCAAUUGUGACUUCUGCAAAGAUUGCAAAAGGACUUGUUUUACUUGGCUCAACAUUUACGAAAAUUGUGCUGACAAUGAAAAAAUUACGAGUAUUGCUUUUUUUCAUUGUCUAUGAAAAAAAGCAAUACGUCAUUUUCAGUAUGACGUCACGUCUUGCGCUUCGCAGACGUUUAAUAUUAUUAUGACUAUUUAACCCAGGUAAAAAUAAUUUACAUAUAUCCUAAUGAUACUUCUUUUUAUUACGCGUCAGCAUUGGUUGGCAAUACUCAAGUGCGUUAGUUUUUGUUUCUUUCCGCAGUUUUACAAACUAUAGUAAGCGUAUUACGCCGACCACACACGAUCAAGUUACCCUUGUAAAGAAUCAUGAUAUAAUCAUGAUUCUUUACAAGCAAUUCUUGAGUUUAUUGCUGGCUCUGCAGUUUUAAGAGUGCUUGUAAACUAGGCUUACUUUUAAUGAACGAAUGUUAAUAUUGAUUUUUUAUUCUGUCAAUUCUGCAGCGCGCUCAGUCCUGGAUUAGCGUGCUAUUUAAGCAAUUGCUCAGGGCAUCGCGUCUAGAGGGGCAUCAGAGAAAACAAAACGCACAGUUUAAGAAUUUUUUUUUUAUUAACUACUCGGACGGUUUAACUCGGAGUUUUUCUCUCUACCACGCGAUGAACCCGGCACGUGCACGGUGUAUCCAUGGAAUGCUAAGAUAUUCGUCUCUUUAAGGAUGGGGGCCUAUAGGGGAAGACAGCUUAGGGCAUCAUAUUUCCUUAAUCCGGCACUGCGCGCUUAGAGAUGUGAAAGUGAGUAGAUCGGAUUUUUUUUUUAAUUUUCACGCCUCUGCAGACUUGACGUUAAACUUGUUCGUGUGUGGCUGGCUUAAUCAAAUGUAUCCGUGAAUCGACGUUCCAUAGUUGUGGGCUUAACAAUAAAAUAAAUGCAUCGAUAAGUAUCUAUCCAUCCCCAUUCUACCACAGAAAAGCGAGACAGUGUGUAAAUUGGCAAUCUUUUGUUGUCGAUGUCUAGUCGACUCGCACAAAACGUAACGUAACGUUUCUAAUAAGAACAGCGAAGAUGUGGAAUGCCCUUCCGGCUUCUGUGUUUCCUAACAUUUAUGAUUUGUGCACCUUCAAGACGAGUGAAUAGACAUUUUCUAGGCAAGCGCGCUCCAACAUUGCUUUCCACCAGGCAUGAUUGUAGCGCAAGUCUAUUAAGAAUAAAAAAAAAGAAAUAAAGCAGUAUAGAUAAAAACUUAAGAUUCAUGUCACGCAUUCCUUGCCCCAUCAAUCGCUAUGCCUGUAGUCUUGCGUGUUUAUAAAUCAUGUAUGUGAAAUUGCACGUUAUAUGUUAUAGGGAAUAUGCAUACGACCAUGAGCGUAGCCAGGAUUGUAUCUAGGGGAGGGCAGUAUACUUAAAUUUGAGUAGCUCACAUUACUAAUUGAUACUGUCCGACCAAACUAUAGUUUUUCCGGCCGAAACCGUCACCGAAUUUCAGCUUCAGCCUCGGUUUCGGCUUCGGCCGGUUUUCAGCCGAAACGAUUCUUUCUUAAGUAACCAACCGCUCUGCUAGGGGGGGGGGGAGGCAGUUGUCGCUCCCUCUGCAUGUACCUCGCUACGCCCAUGAAUACGGCCAGAUAUUUUAAGAGUUUGCAGAAGAUAAUGGUGAAUAGUGAAAUAACAGAAUUGUACUUCUGUCAGAAAUCGAUUAAAAAUGUAAAAGAUAUACGCAUGCAUAUUACCUAUUGAUUGUAAGUAUAUCAAAUACUUUGUAGGCAUACUAUUGAUGUAAUCGUAUUUAUAAGUCGUCAAAGUUAAAUGUUGGAUUACUAUUAUUAUUCGAUGUAUAAUAACAAUAUAAUGUAAAAAAAUUAAAAAAAUACCUAAUACCUUAUGAAGUAGGUUUUAGGUACCGCAAAAAACCUACUAAUAUAAAAAAAAAAACUUUUUCAGAUCCGACAAGCCCGCCAUGUAUAAGUGACUUUUUUAUUAUAAGGAUAUGGAUUUUUUUUUGUUAUAAUUUUUAAUGAUUUUAAUGUAGAUCGUAAACCUGACUGAACUCGUUUUAGCUUAAUGUGAUAUUUAAUAUUUAUGAACCGUAUACUGUUUACCUAAAUGUAGUUAGUGUUUAUGUUUUAAUUCCUCAUAGUACCUACAAUUUAGUCCGCUUGGUUAUGUAAAAGUUUUAGGUUUUACUUGUAAAAUACUUUUUAAUAUUAAACUUUGACCUAAAAAUCUCUUUGCUUAGGUUUCGUUACGUCGUGUUCAACUUGCCUAUUUUUAUUAUUUCAAAAAAUAGGUCCUCUUGAUUACUUAGCAAAUUGUUAUAGUUUUUUUUUAAUUGUACAUAUUAUGUACUUUCAAUAGUAAUUUUGUAACCUACCUUGUGUACCUUUUGUAUGUUUUUAAAAUGUAUUUUAUUAAUUUUCAUUUUUAUAUUUUGCACUUGCUUAACGCGAGCUGAUUUAAGGUGCGUAAAAUAUAAAUAAAAAGCUAAAUUUUCCAUUUUAUAAAUGAAGAAAUAAUCCCGCUUACAAACGCAAGAUUUUGUGUGUCUGACAAUGUUAAGAACAACCAUUAAAAUGAAACCAAUCACUUUUGUUGGGCAUACACCAAUAAAAAUGCAACUAAAAUGAAAAAAAUAUCUCUUGAUUCUGAAUCCACUCUCGAUAACUUUAAUGUAAAAUUGAUGUAUUUUUUUUAUCUUAAUAAAAAAUAACCUCUACUAUUUAUAAUCAAAACUUUUUUUUUAUAAAAAAAAAAUAAUGCAAAAUCGCAUUAAAUUGUCUUAGUCAAUUCUAAAAGCAUGCAAGCAUGCAAGAAAAGGCAAGUUUGGUGUUGACGCAAUAUUAACUAAAAAUUUUAAUUUUCAACAUCAAUGGGAAUAUUAAUUAAUUAAAUCAGUAUUAGACAUCAUAGUUUAUUUUUCUGAUUCCAAUAGUAAGUAUAAAAAACUCAAAAUGUCAGUUCAAAUUCAUUUCAAAUCCAAUCAAAUUCUUGCGUUUUCACAGUACACAAUGAAGUGCGUGCCACAAACUAUUCAGAGCGCCUAGUGAAUUUCUAAGGAAUUUUAACAGCGCCAUCUAGUGGCACUACUGCACAACUGUUUCAAUGCCUUACAAAUUUGUGUUUACGUUUACGCGAUCGUCACAGUAUGAAAACAUUGAAAACUCCCUCAAACACUAUGACCAGCAGGCUAAUUCACUAUCUUUUACGUAUGCUAGUUGACUUGUGCUUACUAGUGGAUAUCAUACAGUAGGUAGAUGCCAUUUGUCAAUUGAUUUCUUGUUUAUUUUAAUAGGUUGAUAAUAAAGACCAAAAUGGUGAAUAGGCCAGCUGGUGGCCAAAACUGAAACUAACGCCAACGUAACGAAAAAAAGCGCUACAAUAAAGAUACCACCCUCACCGGGCCAGAUACGUUUGUGGCACUAUACUUUGCUUUGACAAACUAGCACAUGUGACAUAUUUCAUUAUCUGUAUUAAUUAAAUAAUAUAUUGCAUAUAAAAGGUUCGCUCGCGAAUUUUCUCUCACCUUUUUAUAAGACUCUGUGCGUUUUACCUUUUAACUGAACAAUAUAAAUGUAUAUUAUAAAGACUGCUUUUUUAAACUUUGGAGCAAUUUGCUAGUUUCAAGACACUUUGUUUUGCAUUUAUUAAUAUUUUAGUACUAUAGAUCCGAGACUAUAUCAGUGUUAGCUAUAGUAUCUGUAUAAAUGAAUAUCUUUAUGUAUUUUGUUAUUGUAACAGGAAUUUUGCUAUCAAACUGUAGGUUUUAUCCCAAUUAAACAUUAUAAAUUAAACUUAUAAAGUAAAACGAACCUAUUGUAUUGAUUCGUCAGUCCCUCGCAGAUAAUAUAAUAACCAAUUAUUCAUUGUUUAUAAAUAACUAAUGACUCCUGCUUUUUAUUUAACGAUCAUAUAAUGUAUGUGAAAAAAAUAAAAUAUAUCUACUCAAAAUGUUUGAUAACCGAGUUUGACUCGCACUUAGCCGGUGAAAGCUAUUUGCAUUUCAAUAUAUAAAAUAUGUAAUUGUUAGUGUAAUUUCCUAAAUAAUAGAUAAGCGUAUAUUUGAGCAUGCAUACAGGUAUAUCCAUUUAAGUGUUUUCAAUGUACCUAAACUAUAUGAUAUUAUAUUAACAAACAAUGAUUUCAUGCUAUUUACAUAUGCAUGUAUGAGUAUUUUAUUGUCAUAAUUCUUAUAAAUGUAGGUAUCUGCGUUUUAUGUAUGAAUGUAAUACAAUGUCAUAUAAAUGUCUAUGAAUAUGAACUCUAGAAAUAUAAUCAAUUUAAAUGG